UUAUUGACAAAACUGCGCAGAGAUCAAGCAGGCUUGUCCUUCAGUGCUGCUAGCCGGUUAGCCUCACUGCGCUUCAUUGUUGGGAGUGUUAAUAACAACAGCACGUAAAAGGAAAUUUAACCGCUGUGGACCAUGGCGGCAAGGAUUUUGCCCGUAUUGAAACUGGCCACCAAGGUGACCAUUGCAGGAGGAGCCCUGUACGUUGCCGUUGACUAUGGUCUGUUGGGAAGCAGUGAGCAGGGCUCACAGGCCCUGGAGAAGGCCAAAGCUGCAAUACCACCUGCCUUAGAGGAAUGGAUGAAGUACUUUGGCGUGGAGGCUCAGCUGCCAACCAUGCCUAAGAUUGAAUUCUCCCCAGUUGAGUCGUGGAACUCUGGAGUGCGGUGGACCAUCUCAAGUCUUUCCGAGGCUCCAACAAAAGCAAGCGAUUACACAAAUCAGGGAAUUCAGUACCUGAAGGACCUCACCAAGUAAACAGGAACUCUCUGGGUGACCUGACACUUUCGAUCCGUUUGACUUUUGCACUUGAGAAAGACAUUACUUCUUCAAAAGUUGUAACCCCUCCAUGAGAAAGAAGAAACACCCAACAAGAAAGAAAACUCUAAAUGAAAAGAAGUUGUGAAAUCCAGCUACAACGAGCGUACUCUGCUGAAAGGGUACUGCGGUUAUUUAACUGAUAGUGGUGUUAGUUGGGCAUUGCACAUAAUGCUGAGAAACAAAAGGUUGUUCUUUCAUUUUGUGUGUACCACAGACUUAUUGUCAACUCUGUUCAAUUUUAGAGCGUUGUUAUCCUGUUCUCACCAAACCCAAAUAAUGUUAUGAAGAGGAUGUCUGUUAUAUAUGCAAUUUCACAAUUGGUGAGUAAUACAUCAAUCUUAAAACAUGUCCCGUUCUUUAGCUUGAUUUAUUGAGUCAAACCACAUAUACUGCAUGCUGAUUACGGCAGUGUGUUCAAAUAACAAGCUCAAAAAAUGUGCAAAAAUCUUUAUUACUCAUGACAGAAUAAUAAUGACACAAACUGUCGGUUGAUUCUACAACUUCAGAGCAGGGGGAGGUGACUGAAAGCGCCAAGAAGAGUGCAGUCAGUUAUGACUUUACUCAACACAACCUCUUUUUUUUUUUUUUUUUUUGAAAGCAGGAAAAUGGUACUGAUUCCGCCUCACGUCACUUCUUCAUGUUAAAAUAAAGUCUGAAAACCUCCAGGCACUGUUCAGAUAAUGCAUGCAGAAUUCUGACAGCAAAAACCAAAAAUUAACUGAGGGAUACACUGAAUGACUUUUAAAAGGCUGACAAAGCCUAAACCAAAUCAGAAACUAGGUGAACAGUGAAGAACUUGGGAUGAGCUCCAUACUGCAAGCAUACAUGUCAUGUUUGCAAGACUACAAGGCGGUUAUAAAGGCUAGAACGAGACUUUAUCACUGUCAAUAAUAAAUUGGUUUGUCAGUAUAUUAUAAUUGUUAAAUAUUCAGUUACUAAUUUACGUAUAUUAAUGAUUUUUUUUCAUUAGAAGCUGGUGGUGUUUUGAUGAAAUAGUCAUAAACUGGAGUAAUCACAACAAGCAACAUUACAAGGAGUUUGACACAAGUUUUACGGAUUAAAUACUGUCAUCUGAAUGAACUGCA